ACGAUUUAACGAUACAAUAAAAUAAUAUGGAACACGACAGAAGUGAUAAGAAAGGGAAGACGCGGAUAAUUCCUCUUGCUUUGGCAUUCGUGUUUUUCACGAAUAAUUUAGUCAACGGUUUUGUUCCACUGUCGUCAACUACUCGAGAAAAUGAGACCAACGUAGAUCCCAAAUUAAUGGUAGAAUGGACACCCUACAACUUGCAUGGACGUAUAGUUAAUGGAACAAAGGCGGCACUGAGGCAAUUUCCUUAUCAGAACUGGCGAUCAGGUGCAGCCGUGGAGAAUCACGAUAGUUGCUGGAAAUCUGAAACUCAGUCAAUUGAGCGAGACUAGUCAGAAGAGGGGUGUGGACAAGAUUCACGUUCAUGCCGAAUUCAAUCCCAGAACAUUGGAGAAUGACAUAGCUCUUCUUGCUGAUAAUAACAAUAAUCCUAUCUCGCUGGCAUUUACGUUGCAGCUCAAGGUGCCGUUCGAAUUAACGCCGGAAGUUAACGUUGCUCCCCUCGCGGAGGACAGACCUAUUCCAGACACCACUUGCCAAGUAGCAGGAUGGGGUUACCCAGCGGAAGACUAUCCAAUAACGAGCGAGAACCUUAUGUACGUGGACCUGCCAUUGUUGAGUCGCGCCACGUGCAAAAGUCUUCUGGAAAACAUAACUGAUUUCCCACUAGGGAUGCUCUGCGCUGGAUACAUGGAGGGCCAGAAGGAUGCUUGCCAAGGUGAUUCCGGAGGUGGUAUGAUCUGCAACGGAAUUCUAACCGGUGUGGUUUCCGGCGGCGAAGGUUGUGCCCGGCCACGUACUCCCGGUGUGUACACCGACGUCAAUUACUACAAAAAAUGGAUCGCGACUCGUUACAGUGCAAACACGCAGCCGACGAUAAUCUCAUUUGAGAAACAAGGCUCUGGCUCGGAACAGGUGAUGGCUACAACGUUGCUACCCUCGGUUCUACUUUCGUUACUGCUUAACGUUUGACACGACGAGGAUGUUUAUUUUAGUUUCGCUUUCAAAUAUCCCAGCUAUUUACAGCGGCGCCCACUUAGUUACCGCAAUUUUGAAAUCCUGUCGUGAAUGCAAGCCGUCAGAAACAGGUAGAUUAAAGUGAGUAGCACAGAUUAAAGUGAGAUCGCAAGGUGUAGAGAAACCUCGUUGAACGUAUUGUUCAAAGUUUGAUUAAAUCCUGUGAUAACGACUAAUAGGAAUUACCACGGUCAACUAAGUGGGCACUGAUGUAUGUCGCUUACUUGAUAGAAUAGCCACCAUGAACGUGGACCCUCAAUAUUCGAACAGGUUCAAUUUCCCCGUAAGAAAUAACCUAAAUUGAAUUAACCUGUCCCAGAAUCUCCAAAUUUCUCUAAUAUGAAACGUUUCAAGUGCCUCUAUAAAAUGUUCCAAGUAUUUAAAACUUACGUUAAAUGAUGAUAAAGUAAACUGUUGAAAUGUUCAAAUUUGAGAGAAAAUUCACAUCGAGUUUAACUAUAACUUGGAUCUAGUUGACAUCUUUGAUCUUUGAAGGAGUAACGAACAGAAUUUUAUUCGUUGUUUAAUAUUAACUCUCUCUCUCUCUCUCUCUUCGAUGUAUUUCGAAUUUCUCGAUCGAGUUUCAAAUUGUUCGAAGAUCGAGAAUCCAAGAUUGUAAUCCAAAUCUGAAUGCAUCCAGCAAGACAUAUCGCAUCCUUGUGAAGAAAAUGACACAACUCGAAAAUAUGACUUUCGAGUUAUCACUAUAAAAUUGUUGCAAAGAGAAAGAUUCCCUUGAACAAUUAUAAAAAUAUUAUUCAUUAUUUGCCUAGAAUAGAUAG